UAUCUCCUACUGCCUAUUCCAGCACCAUCUGCCAUAUCUCAAGCUCUGUCAUUCCUCUCGCCACUCCACACCAACACAACACGAACUCGCCCACUGACUUCUGCUACAUCAUGUCCUCCAAUGACAAGCCAGUCUACUUUGCGUCCUCCACCGAGCUCGCCGAUCUGGGCGCUGCCCGCUUUGACCAUGACACUGCGGCCGUCGGCGACAAGGACUUCGCUCUCACCUCCUACUCACAUGCACCCGUCACCGUGCAAGCUGGCCGCGCCCCCAAAGGUCUCGAAAACCAGGUCUUUGCGUGGAACACCUUCCAGUACACCACAAGCGAGCGUGAUGAGAAAGAAGAGAAGAAAGGCGAUCUACACGAGGGGCAGCUGCACCGGCAGAACAGAGCUGCUGCGGGUAUCCCGCCGGCAAGCUACGGUCGUGGUGGAGCGAGGAGCGGCCGAGGUGGAAGGGUUGGUGAAGCGGCUGGCAGGAACGAUGGGCAGCUGGAUGCGCUCUGCGCGGGGAGGAAGCCCGAGGGCAAUGCGCUGCCGCUGGCGAAGGGAUUUGCGGAAGAGCUGGACAAGAGCAUGUUUUGGGAUGGGCCGAUCUGCUGAGAGGCGCACUCUUUCUGAGCUCAAUCAGCCUGAAGGGUCUCCGCUCGUGAAGCGGAUUGUCAUCAUACAACGCCGAGCUGGCCAAGCUGGAU